AACCCUCACAUUCAUUGAGGAGGUUAUCUCUAUCUUACUUUGAAAAAAUGGUUUCAACUUCUCCACCGAAGGAAGUUCAAUCCAACGGCAAAUGGGCAGAAGGAGAUCCAGCUCGCCGAGCCAAAUGGUGGUACUCAACUUUUCACACUGUCACGGCCAUGAUAGGUGCAGGCGUCCUCAGCCUGCCCUAUGCCAUGGCUUACCUGGGAUGGGGUCCAGGAACAAUGGUUUUGGUGUUAUCUUGGUGCAUGACCUUGAAUACAAUGCGGCAGAUGAUACAACUCCAUGAGUGUGUCCCUGGAACUCGAUUUGAUCGAUACAUUGACCUUGGUCGAUAUGCUUUUGGACCAAAACUUGGAGGAUGGAUUGUGCUGCCUCAGCAGCUAGUUGUUCAAGUUGGAUGUGACAUUGUGUACAUGGUUACCGGAGGGAAGUGCCUCAAAAAGUUCAUGGAGAUAGCCUGCUCCAGCUGCACGCAGCUCAGGCAGUCUUAUUGGAUCUUGAUUUUUGGUGGCAUCCAUUUCUUCCUGUCUCAGCUUCCCAAUUUCAAUUCAGUUGCUGGUGUUUCAUUAGCUGCAGCAAUCAUGUCUCUAAGUUACUCAACCAUAGCCUGGGCGGGUAGUCUGAGUCAUGGUCAGAUCGAUAAUGUCAGCUAUGAGUACAAGAACACGAGUCCAACUGAUUUCAUGUUUCGCGUCUUUAAUGCACUGGGUCAAAUUUCAUUUGCAUUUGCUGGCCAUGCAGUUGCCCUUGAAAUCCAGGCCACAAUUCCAUCCACUCCGGAAAGGCCUUCAAAAAUUCCCAUGUGGAAAGGUGCAGUCGGAGCCUAUUUCAUAAAUGCUAUAUGCUAUUUCCCUGUAGCCAUGAUAGGGUACUGGGCAUUCGGGCAAGAUGUUGAUGAUAACGUGCUCAUGGCUCUCAAGAAACCUGCAUGGCUCAUUGCCUCUGCAAACUUGAUGGUGGUUGUUCAUGUUAUUGGAAGCUACCAGGUUUAUGCUAUGCCUGUGUUUGACUUGCUGGAGAGGAUGCUGAUGAAAAGGCUGAACUUCCCACCAGGAAUUGCACUGAGACUCAUAACUCGAUCUGCUUAUGUAGCAUUCACACUGUUCGUAGGAGUUACUUUCCCUUUCUUCGGAGAUCUUCUGGGUUUCUUUGGUGGAUUUGGUUUCGCUCCCACUUCAUAUUUUCUUCCCAGCAUAAUGUGGUUGAUCAUCAAGAAACCAAAGAGAUACAGCCUCAAAUGGUUCACCAACUGGAGCUGCAUAUUCAUUGGACUGUUCAUCAUGAUGGCAUCAGCAAUUGGUGGCUUAAGGAAUAUCAUCACUGACGCUUCAACAUAUAGUUUUUAUACAUGAAUGUAAUCAAACUCAAUUAGCAGAGACCUACUUUUCCCAAUGAUUUAUUAUCUUGAAAGGGUAGGCAUUUAUCUUGAGCAAGCAGUAGCAUAUAAAGAUGGAAACAAUAUUCCAAAUGUACCUUUACCCAAUUUCUCUUCAACUUUCAAUUCCCUCUCAUCAGUUGUCUUUGAAUGUGGAAUUGUAAGUAAAUGAAAGAAAGUGGUUGAAGACAAUGACAGAUUGUUUCUAGUGGCAAACA